GAUGGAGGAUAGCAACAAGCACGGGACUAGCACCAAGUCCUUCUUUGUGCCAGGACGCUGCCAGAGAUCCGACCGGACAGCAGCCAGCACCGGGAGAAGCCGCCCGCUCCGCCCUCACAGCCGCAGCGACAGCAGCUCCACCUCAGCCGCACGCGCCAAACGGCUGCGGCGCGCGACACGCUACCGGCUGCUCCCCACCGCGCAUGCGCACCCGCUGCGGCUACAUUGGUGGCGCAUGCGCUGUAGCAGCAGGAAGCUGCGCGCCGGGAGGCGCAGGCAUUGUGCGUGUGGUGGCGUGCCGCGGUCCGGCCAGGGAAGCGGGGUUAUGUCGCGACGGGAGGAGGAGGAGGAGGGCGCCGAGCUGCGCCAUAAGGAGGAGCUGAGUCGGAGGCUUUUUUGGAGGGCUCUUGCUUGCUCUUUGUCGUUGGUGGCUGUUGUCCAGGAAAACACGAGCACCGGGCUGCCUCUGUCAAUGCAGCUGAACUGAUGGUGGUAGAUCCAGCAUAAGAACUUUGUGCUGAAACUCCAGUGUGGUGCAGUUGUUUACAAUUCUCUUAGGGUGUUGGUUUUUGUUUUUUUUUGUUGUUGUUGUUCUUUUUUGUUGCUGGAUUUUUGUUUUUGUGGGGGGUUUUUGUUUGUUUCUGUUACUGUUUUAGUUUUGAAGCUGGAGAAUAUCAGAUUAUAAAGUGUAUUGUAGAGGUAAAUUCUGUUUCCCAAAGUGCUUGAUGUUUUUGUUAAUAGUUAUUUACAUGUUUGCUUGGUUCCUUCUGAGAAGGUUGGGAGGGAAGUAAUCUCAGAUUCUAAACAGCUAGGGGUACUCUGGCUUCUCAGUAAUGACUGCUUUUGGGGGAUGGGAGCAAUGCCAACCCAUGCUAGAUAACCCCCUUCUAAAGCAGUUACUUAGACUGCUUCAUUGGCUUGUUGUUGACUUGGUAACUUUCAAAAGAAGCAUGCUAACUGUAAUUCAGUUAUGUAGUCUGAAGAGUUGUAGUGUGCUUGGAAUAAUGGCUAAUCAAAUACCUUUUUCAUUUUUAUGUCCACUUUCACUUUAGAGGUCUGUUCGUGGAACAGUGACAUAGAUUCUUCUAGCUGUCUUUAAAAUAUGGGUGAAGGUUUUCAUCUUCAGGAUUGCAACACAAUGGUUUGUUGUUAAUAAUUACAUUGAUACGUGUCU